AGGCCGGCCUAAAUAAGAUCAAGGAACGGGGGGGGGAUUUUCUUGGAAUAAUUGGGGCCAUCCCGGCUCCAGACCAACGCUGGCUCACCCUCCCCCUUAUUUCUCUCCGCACCGGCAAGGGGGCUAUAGGCCCUCCUCAUUAUAGACGGCAGAUGGGGACCCCAGAUUUCCCUCUCCACUAGGCCCUCCCCCGCGACUUUAGAUACAAGGCCCAGAGUCCGCGUUCUUGGCCUGGGGGUCAGAGGACGGGGGAGAGCCACCACCGGUCCUGCGCGUGCGCUCUUAGACCCCAUCCGUGCGGCGAGAUCGCGAAACGAGGACGCGCGAGAGAAAGACGAUCGACCCGGAAGCCUGUUCACCUAGUUUAGCAUCUAAGUAGCCUCACUACCACGAGCAAUCAGCGCCAGCAAGUCCCGCAAAGCAGGUAGAUGCUCAACAAACCAGCGUGACAUGAGACACGCAGGCUAACAGCCUACCCUGCUAUCAGCCUCAGCCAGCCCCUCGUCCUCUGACUCCUUUCUGCCCUCUCCUCUUCUCUAUUUAAUUGCCUGAUUCCUUAUUUUUUUUGCUGGCAUCCGGGAACUUGGGAAGCUAGAUUGAUCUGCAUCGGAGCCUCUUUAUCCCUCCCAUCGAUCGCAUCCAACCCUCCACCAUGGCAUCCAAACCGCGCGCCCAUCUGUCGCACAGCCACGCGCACGAAGAGAACAUCCCCGGCACCGUCAACCUCCAAGCAGCCGAGGGCGACGACACUGGAUAUGGCCAGGCGCUCUUCCCGGUCCCGGCGGAGGACCCGAACGACCCCUUGCAGUGGACCAAUUUCAAGAAGACGAUGAUCCUGGUCAUCUGCUCCGUCUACUCUUUUCUCGGCAACGCUGCCAUCAUCGGGCCCUCGCCCUACAUAGAGCUCUGGUCCCGUGAGUUCGGGAUCACGCCCGGGGUGGCGUCCGAGCUCAUCUCGUACCCAAACCUCGCCUUCGGAUUCGGCUCGUUGGUCUUCGUGCCCUGCUACCUCAAGUUUGGCCGCCGACCGGUCAUGCUCUUCUCGCUCCUCACGUUCGCCGUGGGCUUGAUAGCCUCCUCCCAGUGCACGUCGUACAAUGGGCUCCUGGCAGCCCGUCUCGUCCACUGCUUCGGAUCGUCGGUGUGCGAGGCCCUGCCUGUCCAGCUGGUCAACGACAUCUUCUACCUGCACGAGCGAGGGAAGCGCAUUGGCUACUACACAGUCUGCCUAUGUCUCGGAACGUUUGCCGGCCUCCCCGCGGGAUACAUGCUCAACGCCGGCCUCGGGUGGAGGCUUUUCUUCUAUGUCGAGUUCGCGUUCGCCAUGGUGCUCCUCAUCAUGGCCUUCUUCUACGUCGAGGAGACUUCCUACGACCGGGCAGCCCACAUGACGCCCCCCACACCGUCAAAUGCCUCGGAGAAGGAAGGUGUCCAGGAGUUCGAGAAGGGAGACCGGGAGACCGGCUACGUUGUGCCCAGCCGCAAGACUUUUAUCGAGACGCUGAGUCUCAAGGGGAGGGUCGACCCUGACGUCCCCCUAUUCAUGACGAUGAUUCGCUCGUGGACUUAUUUCCUAGCGCCUCAGUCGCUGUGGGUGAUUACUACUUUCGGAAUCAAUGGUAAGCGUAGUCAAAUUGGAUUAUCGGCCUUGGCCUUCUCCUACACUUUCCCGAUCUUGAUCGUGUCACCUCCGUACAACUGGCCAGUGACCAACUCUGGGCUCUUCUCUCUGGCCUCCGUAGUCGGCUACGGACUCGCCAUACCCUUCACGUCGUCCUCAGACCGCCUCGCAGCUUACUUUACGAAGCGCAACAACGGCAUCCGCGAGGCUGAGAUGCGUCUGGGCGUCAUGCUGCCUGCCAUGCUGAUCGGCCCCGCCGGGGUAGUUCUGUACGGGUUCACCGCCGAGAGGGGCUUGCAUUGGAUAGGCUUCUUCGUGGGCGGAGCCAUGAACUACUGGGCCGCCUACUUCUUCUUCUCGUUCACGCUCGCCUACGCGGUGGACUCGUACUAUUCCAACACAUCCGAGAUGCUGAUCGCCAUGAACAUUGGCAAGCAGGCCAUCAGCUUCGGGUUUGGGGUCAAGGUCCUGGACUGGGUCAUGGAGAGCGGCUACGCCGUGGUGAUGGCAGGCAUCUUCGGCGGCGUGCUCUUGGCGAACAACCUCGUCCUCCUCGUCUUCAUCAUCUGGGGGAAGCGGAUCAGGAAAUACAUGUCAGAAACCUGGCUGGCGCGGUUACACUUCAAGAGCAUCAGAGAGGUAACCACCCACUAG